AUGCAAAUAAUCGAAGAAAGUUCAAAAGGUUUAAACGUAAAACUAGUAGUUGUCAUGCCAAAAUCGCUUUUAUGUGUUAGGCCAGAAGACAAUGUCGAUUACAUUGUGCAAUCUAUGUUUUGUAACAGAAACGUUAUUACCUCUGAUCAACGCUUAUGUUUGCUGUCUUUCGACCCUCAACUUCUACUUAAACUUCAUCCACAAUUCCCACACAACAAUAACAAGCUCAAUGCACAAAAAUCAAAUCUCUGA